GGGAGCCGGAGACGGGCUGAGGAUCGUGCGGCAGAGGCAGCCGGGCUCCCUGCACAGACAGACAGCAGCAGCAGCUCCUCCUCUCCUCAGUAUUAUCAUUACCCCGGAACAGGGAGCGCUCUCUACUGCGGACACCGGGGGAUAUACGCCCAGGGGCGGCGGAGCAGAAACUGAAUUGUCGGCCUCGUCUUUGACUGGUGGCAAUACAUGGAGAAGAAAGCUAAAAUACACUCAGCCCAAGCUGAGCAAGGAAAGCCUCCGAAAUCCCCUCCACUAUAUCGUGGAUCACGAUCGUCCCCUCCUCCUCCUCCGCUGUCGGCUGAGGACGCGGAAGACCUGCAAGUUGAUGAUGCACUCUUGGGAAGACCUCUGGGACCCACCCCAAGCCAGAGCCGCUUUCAGGUGGAUCUGGUCAGUGAGGGAGCUCGGGAGGCAGCUGCUGCAGGGCGUGAAGAAGCACAUCCUGCAGGAGAAGGCAUCACCCACCGGGGAAGAGGAGGUUCAGGUGGAGAGGAGGCUAAAGGCCGCUUCAGGGUGAAUUUUGUGGAUCCGGCAGAUCCUGAAGGUAGUUCGCCAGAGGGGGCCGGUGGUGAAGGUGGCGGUGGAGUGAGCUUCCAAAACGGGGAUACUGUGUUGAGUGAAGGUAGUCUGCACUCUGGUGGAGCUGGACAUCACUACCACUAUGAUACCCAUACCAAUACAUAUUAUUUGCGUACCUUUGGGCAUAACACAAUUGAUGCUGUGCCCAGGAUAGACUAUUACCGGCACACAGCCGCUGACCUUGGGGAGAAACUGCUGAGACCAAGUUUGGCAGAGUUGCAUGAUGAGCUAGACAAGGAACCCUUCGAAGAUGGCUUCGCAAAUGGAGAAGAAGGCACUCCAACCGGUGACACGGUCACCAAUCAUGUUGCAGAGAGUAAAGGCGUAGUGAAGUUUGGCUGGAUUAAAGGUGUACUGGUGAGAUGCAUGCUAAAUAUAUGGGGUGUGAUGCUCUUUAUCCGGUUAUCAUGGAUUGUUGGCCAGGCUGGCAUUGGUUUAACUCUUGUCGUAAUCCUAAUGGCUACUGUUGUGACCACCAUCACAGGACUGUCUACAUCGGCUAUUGCUACCAAUGGUUUUGUGAGAGGGGGAGGUGCGUACUACUUAAUCUCACGGAGUUUGGGACCUGAAUUCGGAGGUGCGAUCGGGCUGAUCUUCGCCUUCGCCAAUGCUGUAGCUGUUGCUAUGUACGUGGUGGGCUUUUCCGAGACUGUGGUUGAAUUACUCGAGGAACAUGGUGCUAUUAUGGUGGAUGAAAUAAAUGAUACCCGGAUUAUAGGGGCGAUCACAAUAGUACUAUUAUUGGGCAUCUCAGUCGCUGGGAUGGAAUGGGAAGCAAAAGCACAGAUCGUGCUGCUGAUAAUUUUGCUUCUGGCCAUCGUAGACUUUUUCAUAGGAUCGGUCAUUCCCAUGGAGGACAAGAAACCUAAAGGCUUCUUUGGUUAUAAAGCUGAAAUUUUCAGUGAGAACUUCGGGCCAAACUUCCGGAACGAGGAAACCUUUUUCACCGUCUUUGCAAUUUUUUUCCCUGCCGCGACCGGCAUCCUAGCAGGAGCUAAUAUCUCAGGUGAUCUAGCGGAUCCUCAACAAGCCAUACCUAAAGGAACCUUGUUAGCCAUCCUUAUCACAACUGUGGUCUACAUGGGCGUUGCUGUAUCUGUAGGCUCGUGUGUUGUCCGUGAUGCCACCGGGAAUGUUAAUGACACCCUCUCCACGAUGUUUUCAAACUGCACGGAGGCAGCUUGUAAACUCAAUUAUGACUUUUCCGAGUGUAAUUCCGGCAGUUGUAAAUAUGGACUGAUGAACAACUUCCAGGUAAUGAGUAUGGUGUCUGGGUUCGCUCCCCUCAUCACUGCUGGGAUCUUCUCUGCUACUCUUUCAUCUGCCCUUGCAUCUUUGGUCAGCGCGCCAAAGGUUUUCCAGGCCCUGUGUAAAGACAACAUUUAUCCUGGUCUGAUGAUGUUUGCUAAAGGAUACGGGAAAAACAACGAACCCCUCCGUGGUUAUCUCCUCACCUUCAUAAUUGCCCUGGGAUUCAUUUUAAUCGCUGAACUCAACACAAUUGCACCCAUCAUCUCCAACUUUUUCCUGGCGUCAUAUGCCUUAAUAAACUUCUCAGUUUUUCACGCGUCUUUGGCCAAAUCUCCGGGAUGGCGCCCGGCCUUCAGGUACUACAACAUGUGGGUGUCACUCGUGGGAGCUCUUCUCUGCUGCGGAGUCAUGUUUGUCAUUAACUGGUCGGCAGCCCUUUUGACUUAUGUUAUAGUCAUUGGAUUAUAUAUAUAUGUCACCUACAAGAAGCCAGAUGUGAACUGGGGAUCCUCAACGCAAGCCUUGACAUAUCUGAAUGCGUUGCAACACACUAUCCGCCUUGCUGGAGUGGAAGAUCACGUUAAAAAUUUCAGGCCGCAAUGCCUUGUUUUAAUAGGUGCGCCAAAUUCUCGGCCCGCACUCCUUAACCUCGUACAUGCCUUCACGAAGAACGUUGGCCUGAUGAUCUGUGGGCACGUACAUAUGGGACCUCGAAGACAGGCUAUGAAAGAAAUGCUGACAGAUCAGGCCAAAUACCAACGGUGGCUUAUUAAGCACAAAACGAAAGCCUUCUAUGCACCUGUGCUUGCCGAAGAUUUACGUGACGGAGCACAGUAUCUUAUGCAGGCUGCUGGUUUAGGACGGAUGAGACCAAAUACGCUGGUGGUUGGCUUUAAAAACAACUGGCUUCAGGGUGAUAUGAAGGAAGUGGAUACUUACAUUAACCUAUUUCAUGAUGCUUUUGACUGCCAGUAUGGCGUGGUUGUCAUUAGAUUGAGAGAAGGUUUAGACAUUUCCCAUCUCCAAGGACAAGAAGAGCUGCUGUCAUCGCAAGAGAAAUCUCCUGCUACCAAAGAUGUUGUAGUAAACGUAGACUACAGCAAAAGCGCUGAAGCAGAGUCGUCGAAGCCCUUUUCCAGCGACAGCAGUCCUAUGACAAGAAAAGAUGAGGAAGACGAUGGCAAGACUCCAACACAACCACUAUUGAAAAAAGAUUCCAAAGACCCAGGUAUUACGCUGAACACAGCAGACCAAAGACUCAUGGAUGCUAGUGUGCAAUUCCAGCGGAAGCAAGGGAAAGGAACCAUCGAUGUAUGGUGGCUUUUUGAUGAUGGCGGUCUGACGUUGCUAAUACCAUAUCUACUGACGACAAAGAGGAAAUGGAAGGACUGCAAGAUCAGAGUGUUCAUCGGAGGAAAAAUUAACAGGAUAGACCAUGACAGGAGGGCGAUGGCAACCUUACUCAGCAAGUUCAGGAUUGAUUUCUCGGAUAUUAUGGUGCUUGGAGACAUCAAUACAAAACCAAAAAAAGAAAACGUUGCAGCUUUUGAACAGAUGAUCGAACCAUUCAGGCUGCGUGAAGAUGAGAGAGAACAGGAUGUAGCCGAUCAAAUGAAAGAAGAAGAACCAUGGAGGAUCACAGAUAACGAGCUAGAACUUUAUAAGACAAAGACACAUCGUCAAAUCCGGUUAAACGAGUUGCUGAAGGAGCAUUCAAACACUGCUAAUCUUAUUGUUAUGAGCUUUCCCGUUGCAAGGAAAGGGGCUGUGUCUAGUGCACUUUAUAUGGCUUGGAUAGAGGCGCUCUCUAAAGAUCUCCCCCCCGUCCUUCUGGUCCGCGGAAACCAUCAGAGUGUUCUUACCUUUUACUCGUAAGCACUCUCAGCCACGCCGCCCCGAGAAAACGGUACUUCAGCGGCUGGAGUGCAAGCGGCAUCACAUACUCUGCAUCCCAGUUUGGCAGAACUUGACUCUUUUUUUUUUUUUUGUUCUUUUCUUUCAUGAUUCCACAGACUUGAAAGCACACAAAGAAAAGUUUUGUUGUAUUUCCACAGUAUUGGAAAUCCACAGUGUGUACGACAUCUGUUACAUAACCGGUGGAUCCUGGCUUCAUAAGGGAGAUUCCGAUGUAUGGGACUCGGAUACAUGGACAUUUAAUUUUCUCUGCUACUUGAACAGCAGCAAUAAAAGUGUGUUUUUAUUUU